ACAGUUAUUGAUCAGUUCUUUAGAGAUUUCAAUUGGAGUGAGGACUCUAAGUUCUGAAGCAUGGAUACAUCAGGGAAGUCACUUUUGUCCAAGUGGUCACUGAAAGACACUGGUAUAAAAUCUAGCUUAAUAAGCACAGGGUUACAGAGCAAUGUAUCAGGUGGGAAAAGUUCAGGUUUUGAAAGCAAGCUUUCAGCUGGACCCCAAGUGGGAUCUAGUUUAUCCACUACCAGAAAGAGAAAACCACUCACCACCAAAUCUUCCAUCGAAGACAAGAAACCAUUAGUUGAAAAACCUCAUCUCAAAAGUUCUUUGCUAGGAUCUUCUCUUUUAACGAGUGGUAGUCUGAAGAGCUCUCUUCUGGGCUCAUCUACACUGAGUUCUAAGACCCCUCCACCCUCCUCACUGAGUUGUAAGACUCAGACCAGGAGCAGCCAUGUUACCCCACAAUCAAGACCCUUGAGUGGUUCUCUUCUAGGAAAUACAGCUGCAACCAGUCUUCUGUCUGGGUACACUACCUCAGCCCUAUCAUCCACAUUAAGUGCUGGUAGGUCCCUGCAAGGGCAGGAUACCUCCUUAACCAAUCAGAAAGUGUCUGUCUUGUCACAUGCCUCAGUUCUGACCAAUCAGCAACCAGUAGGAGGAGUAUCUCUACAGUCCAGCUUUUUAAUGACCCCGAGUAAGCUGCCAACAGGACUUUCUGACUCAAAACCUAAAGGCACCAAAGAGAAAUCAGGUCAGUCACAAGCCAAACAGAAGUCAAAGAAACGAGCGGCAGAUGAUAGACUAGAAUUUGAUAAAUACAAGGCUAAGGCCCCUCGUUAUGACCUUAGGAAGGUAAUUCCAGAAGAAAAGGGAGUAGAGGUGCCAAAGUUUGUAAAUCCAAGCAAGGAUCCCAGUCUGAACAGACCAGCUAUCCCACUGCAUGAUGUCAACGGCUUAAAGCUGGCUCUUAUCAAUGCUGUAAGUGGAUCCUUGAUUUGUCAGCCAGACUUCUCCAAGAGCAACGACCUGACCAGGAGAGCCCUGUCUGAGAUGUCAGAGAGGGUCGUGACCUAUGACCCAGAGUUCAUUCUUAAGGUUGCUUUGUACACAAGAAAGGAGUUAAACAUCAGAACUACAGCAAACUUCCUUCUGGCUCUCUGCUCCAAUGUAGAGGUCUGUCGACCAUAUCUAAAAAAGUACUACUGUGCUUCCAUCCAGUUGCCCUCUGACUGGAUAGAGGUGGCAGAGAUUUAUCAGGCGUUCCAUGACACCAAUUUGUCCCAUGGCUCUCUGCCAGCAGCCCUGCGUAAAGCCAUGAUCAUGAAGUUCCCUGAGUUUGACCAGUAUCAGUUAGCAAAAUAUAACAAGGAAAGCUCAAUGAAGAAAAAGAAGAAAAAAGAAAAGAAGGAAACUGAAUCAGUCAGGGGUCGUGGAGGGCAUGCUGGGGUCAGAGGACGUGGAGGUCGAGGUGGGGUCAGAGGUCGAGGAGGUGCAAUGAGAGGUCGAGAUGCCAGAAAUGUGUCAACCAAUCAGAGAGGCAACUGGGAUUCCGAUAGCGAUGAGGAAAGUGAUGAGGAAGAAAACAUCCAUCGUCAGCUGAGUGAUGUGGUGUAUGAUGAAGAAGAUCACACACAGGAGGAAAUGGAGAAAAUCAAAUUCUCCAUAAAACAACUGAUCCGUAAACUUCACAUCAUCGAACCAGUGGACCAUGUCAUGUCUAUAAUUGGAAAAAAGUAUCCCGACACGCUAGAGGCAUUUUACAAAUCCCGACUCCCGGGGGAAUGGGAUCAGGAUCGGGCAGGGAAGAGGAUGAAGCUUCCUGUCCCUGAGACAUGGGAAACACAGGUGUCCCUCAAAGGGAACAAAGCCUCUACUUGGGAGGACCUCAUUGAUCACAAAAAGCUGCCAUUCAUGGCUAUGUUGAGGAACUUAAGGAAUCUGAUCAAAGCUGGUAUUUCCCAGAAACAUCAUCAACAGGUUCUGCGUCGACUCACUGAUGAGAGACAAGUUGCCAAUAGUAAGCAGUUUCCCUUCCGGUUCUUUUCUGCCUAUGAAGUUCUAAGUGGACUUGAAAAAGAAUAUGAAACAACUCAGAAGAAGCUUGUGGAGUUGGCUGAGAUGGAAGCCUCUGGUAUCUCUAGGUCUCAGGUCGCCCCCAGGGGAGGAAGAGGAAGGGGGCGGGGCCGAGGGCGUGGGGGAAAGGGAGAUAACUGGUGGAUCGAGAAAAAAAAUAAACAAAAGGAAGAAAAAAAGAAACCGAAAGAGACAGCCUUUGACAAGGCAAUCAUCAAUCGUUACAAGAAAGCUCUGGACACCGCAGUCAAGAUAGCCACAGUCUACAAUGUACAGCCAAUUAGGGGCCGAACCAUAGUACUGUCUGACUGCAGCGAUAGAAUGAGAGUCAACUGCACCGCGGCCAGGGGCCUGGGAAAACCUAGACAGAUGUUGGAGGUGGCUCUACUGAUGGGACUGAUGUGUAAAUACUCCUGUGAGGAGUGUGAGUUUGUCACCUUCAAGGAAACCACCUGGGAACAAGCCAGUGUUCAGCCCGGAACCAUCCUAGACAAUCUAGACAACCUGCUCAAAAAGAUAAAUUUCCCAGAAGUCAGUGGAAAGACAGAAAAAAUGCCAAAUGGAUUCCCUGAGUCCAUUCUGAUGGAGAAACUCAGAGACAGAAUACAGGUGGAUAACAUCGUCAUCCUUUCCGGAGGAGAUCUUGCAGCGACUCAGCAGAAAAUUCUCUCUAACUUCCUGAAGAAGUAUCGACAGAUUGUCAACCCUAACCUUCUCUAUGUCAACAUCUCCUUUGCAGGGAAAGGCUGUGGUUUCUCUCAGUCUAUCAAACCUGAGCAUGAUAAUGAUAUCUACAUCUCUGGUUACAGUGAUGCCAUUCUCAG